AUGGGCCUCUUGUUGCUGCGCCAGGAGUUUCACGCCUGGUGGUCCAUCGCCAUCGGCGUGUGGUGUGCCCUGGUCACCGGCAGCACCACCCUCCGUAACCUGGUCUUCUCCAGCGUGGCACGGCGACGGAUCCGGCUGUGUAUGGAGAGCCAGUACAGCGAUGUGCUGCGUGCCGCGACAGGGUAUCGCCGCCGGAAUACCAAGCGCUUUGGGGGCGGCCGCAAGUUGAUGAUCUCCGACCCCUUCGACGACAGCGAUUCCUCGUCCAGCGAGGACGAGACCUUUCCCUACGAGGCGGUGCAGCACUUCGUGGUGGUUGAGACGGGCCUCAGCCAGACGUCUUACAACGAGUUCGACUCCGAAGAAAUCAGCGAGCUCUUACACUCCAUCAGCAGCGCCAGCCUGGCCUCCACACAGGUGAGUGUCUUUUUCGCCAUGAAAGACCCGAAGCAGGCGCAGCUCUAUCAAGACCACGUAGACCAGUGGCGCCGCGCUUUCCGCGACCGCCUGCGACUGGUGACGCUGCUAAAGCUCUAUGAGUGCAAAGCGGGGCAAAACAAGUCCACGUCGGAGUCUUUGGUGUCUCACCUCCUGGACAACGCCACCCGCAUGAAAGCGCCGGACCACCUGAUCCUUGUGACCCGGACCACCAUGGACAGUUGGUUCCAUCCGGACUACUUCCCCGCGGUGACCUUUGCUUUCCAGAACUCUGGCGUAAAGCGAUCGCUGACCAUCUACCAGCCUCCAAUCUUGUUUUUGAAGGACUAUUCGAGCCAGCGGUGGCUCACGCGCUACGCGUGCCUCUUCCUGGCGCAGAGUUCCCUGGCGAGUCUCACGGACCCCAUGGGCAUGCCUCUGCCAAAGUCGACCUUCACCAUGGUUUUGUCUCUCUUGCGCAGCAUCGAUCAUCGCGACGAGCAGCAACUCUCCGUUCGGCCCUACAACAUUGGGGUGUGGACCAAGUGUUGGCUGAGCACCAUCGGGCGAAUGAACUUGCAGCCCAUCUUCCUGCCGGUCUACCGCUCGGGACGCAACCCGGUGCUGGACGACAACUUCACCCGCCGCAAGGAGCCCCGCUGCUUCGAGAUUGGCUGGCAGAUGCAUGGGCCACUCAGAGCACAAGUGCUAUCGAUCUUGGAGCUGGUGCACAUGUGGAUGGUGUUACCCUUGGCCUGGUACAGUCGCCGCGAGACAACCUUGAAGAAGCGCCGGAUCUUCUCCUUGAUGUUGCGGUCCUUGCUGCCCUUCAGCAGCGUGGUGUGGGCUCACUGGGUGCUCAGCACCUGGUUCGUGACAGUCUGUCUGAACUGCUUGUGCCUGGUGCAUGGAUGGUACAACCAUUGGCCGCCGGAGCAUCAGAAGUACCCCGGGCUCUGGGAUUGGGCCUUUCUGCUUGGCGUCACCGCGGCAGCCUUCAGCCUGCCGAUGCUGUCGGCGAUUUCCCAUGUAGAUCUCCUACAGCUUCUUCCAGCUGAACCGCCCCCGCCUCCGGAGAGGACGCCUCUGCUCCAGACGCCGCAACUCGGAAGAGCAGUCAGCUUCUACCGCUGCGGCAGCUCCCACCGGGAGCCUCCUCAGAACCCGCGGUGGCACUACAUCUAUCUGACAGUGACUGGCUUUGAUCGCUGGCCCUGUCUUCUUCUGGCUGAGCAUGGUGGAGGAGGUGCGAUUGGCGCUCACCUUGUCCUUCGCU